CGACACGGGUACGCGUUCGUGUGUUUCGUUCGUUUCGUUGUUUUCUACCGAGCGGUUCCGCAAAACUCAAAAGAAACAUUUUUCGAUCCAGAAUAUCUUCAACCGCAAUGAGAAUCUCAGCAGUUCAAACUUCCAUAGCUUUCCUGCUAGCAGUGGUGUGUUUAGCUGAUGCCAGUGCCGAAGGAAAGCUGAAAAUCGGCGUCAAAAAGCGGGUAGAAAAUUGCACUCUCCGCACCAAGAAGGGAGACUUGGUGCACAUGCACUACACGGGCACACUGGAAGACGGGAGCGAAUUCGACAGUAGCAUUCCACGUGGGGAACCACUCACGUUUACCCUUGGCAUGGGCCAGGUUAUCAAGGGUUGGGAUCAGGGUCUGCUGAAUAUGUGCGAAGGGGAGAAGCGCAAGCUGAUCAUUCCUCCGGAGCUGGGAUACGGAGCACGCGGUGCCGGUGAAAAGAUCCCACCCAAUUCCGUGCUGGUUUUCGAGGUGGAACUGGUGAAAAUCGAACGCAAAACGGAGCUCUAGUAGGGGGUGGGCGUACAAGGUAAGUAAGAAAGUCGGGGGAGAUUUUACUGCAAUGGAAUAAAACCGUAAUUUAUUUCAAA